AUGUAUGCCAAUUUCCAAGCGUUUACCACCUCCUGGGCAUACAUUUGCCCUGGGUUUGGCCCUACGUUCCAGCAGCAACAAGCUCUACUGCAACGCGUUAAUAGUCGACCCCAGGUUGAGGCCCACAUGUCGUCGGGUGGAACGCCGGGUGCGGACUCCGACCACUCUGGGCAGAGCCAAGCGGAAUCCCAACAGCGAAACCCAGCUGUCCAGUCAGCGCAGCAUGAUAGGGUGUCUGACGUGGCGCAAACAGACCAUGUGGUACAUGUGCCGCGGGCGAGUCAGGCUCACCAUGAAGGAGAACAGAAUCAAGUCAGUCAGCGAGGGCCGCAUCAUAGGGUGUCGGACUCGUCACAAUCCAACCACAUUCGAGCGUCCCGUCAGAAUCACUACCAGGGAGACCCGAACCAAGCAAUUCAGCCAACACCGAGCAAUGGUGGAUCGCAAUCGACGCAAACAAAUGACGUUUCGGAAAGGGUACAGCACCAGGAUGAGCAGCGUCCAGCCAUAAAGCAGGAUGAAGAAAGCCAGAACGAGGAACAACAACAGCGAGCACCCCAGCAAACUCGAGCCCAGAAUAACCAGCGGACAAUCACCGAUCAGUGUUUGAGGCAAAGAGGGAUUACCUGGAGUACCUCUGGGAUUGUGCCUCCGCGAUCAGAACGUGAGCGCCGGCGAAUGGUCUAUCUUCUAAUGUUUCUGCCGUCGAUAAUGGAAUCAUUGCAACAGACCCGGUCCGCCUCACAGUCAAGGGUGUUCAAGCAGGAAUAA